AUGGAUAUCGAUUACUCUACAGCAUCCCGGGAACAGAUACUAUGCAGCGACUGGAUCAAGAUGCGACAGUUUGCCAAGCGUAACGGCAUUAAAGACUGGAAGAGCAAGAUCCAGCUGGCAGACCAGAUUGUCAACUGGCAAGACGAUUCUGUCCAAGACAGCCAGGUCCCAGUAGCCAUGCAGGCGGUGGACAUCCCCGUCUCAGACAGUCAAGUCCUCGUCUCAGACAGUCAAGUCUACUACGGAAAAGACCUCAAUUCUCAUAACAUCAAUCAUCCACUAUCGCUACCUUGGUCCACAGCCACACACGGAGCAACUUAUGUCGACCUCAACACCAUUGAUUUAUAUAUGCCAAAGAUUGAUGGCUCAAUCAAUGAGCUGUUUGACUUUUCCGACCACAGCACUGUGUCUUCAGCAGCAUCCUCCACUUUUGGAUACAACCACCCAGCUCGAAUGGCAGACUGUUUUGUGAAUUGGGCCGAAGAUGCUAUGCUCGACGUAACGACAACAAUAGACAGUAGACUCGAAGACGUCAUCAUGCACACAGAUCCCUGGACCCUUCCUCAACAGUUCUCCGCCAGCCCGAUUUUGGAGACAAUUCCCUCAAUUGUCUCCCCAGCCCCACUCGAAAUUACAAUUGCCACCGUUGCUGAGACGAUUCCUAUAGCAGCUAAGCUGGAAGUAAUGCCCGCCCAGGAAGUUCUGAACAUACGCGGUGUCUCUCCCCUCCCGCCCCAACUCGAUAUCUCCCUCGCCAUAGUUGCUGAUACGAUUCCCGCUGUGGCUAAACCAAAUUUCUCGCCCGUUCCACUGCAGAGCCCUGCAACUGUAGCAUCCACGGCGCAAGCUGGCCAGACAUUCUCUGAUCCAAUAAUACUAGAUGACGAUACGGAGCAGAUAGUCCAUGUUUUCGAACGGCAAUCAGUCCCCCCCGGGAUCUGGAGCAAGACCCUGCGGCGAUGGAGAAUGAUCACUGCAGUCAAAGAGCUGUCAAGAUUAGUUCCCGACCAUCUUAAACAAUCAGUGAAAAGCACAAAAGAACAUGUAGAUCUAGAAGGAAGGCUGUCAGUUCACGCAAGUUGGUUACUCUGUCGAUCCUGGAGGUCUUGCGCAGCUAUACGAACAAAGGAAGAAAAAUUCAAUGAUAUUUGGAAACAAUUUGGUAGUGCUAUGAAGGAACUAGAGGAUUAUGUGGAAGCUGGACUUGAUACAACCCCAACACCAUAG